AUGUGGGAAAAUUUUUCGGUUUAUCAAGGGAUUAAAAUUGACAAAGAACUCCAAUCAGGAGAUUAUCCAGUUGUUCUUGGAAGAAGGAUUACUGUCACCCCAUAUCAAGGAAUUUUCUUAUCUACAAGAUUUGAUUCUGGUGUAGAAGUGAAUCCGUUUGGCAAACGUGCUGAGACUCUUAAAGAAUGGGCGACGACUAAUUCUUUGGUUAUUGAAAGAUUGAUUGUUGAAAAAGCACAUAACAAUUCUGUUAGUGAAUUGGCAAGUCCUCUAGAUCAACAAAUAUCACCAAUUACAAAUUUAAAAGAGUCAUUUGAGCAGGUUUCUCACUAA